AUGGCACUCUAUAUUCGGCAAUUGGAUAUUGGUGAUCUUGAACGCAGCUUAGUCGUCGAGACGGCUGCGUUCCCACCAGCUGAGGCUGCUACUCGCGAAAAGAUCGAGUAUCGCUUGACUGUCUGCCCCGAGCUCUGCUUCGGUCUGUUCCUUCGGGAAGGACAGGCAUCUCCCUCUGUGGCGCAACAGGAUAUUCCCAUCAUCUCGAAGCAGGACUCGUCUCCUGGCGAUGUGCUAGUUGCCCACGUCAUUUCCACCAUGUCGGAGAACAAGCCUGUCAGAGACGAGGACAUGGCCUUCCCUCCCGAAUGGAAGAACGACCCGAAGGCCAAGUACUCGGUCGGUCACCAACCAAAGGGGACGACCAUCGCGUUGCAUUCCCUCGCCGUUUCCCCGCAGCACCAGAGAUCCGGUUUCGGAAAGGCCCUGAUGAAAGCCUACUUCAAGCACAUGAAAGAGAGGGGCGCGGCUGAGAGAAUUUCCAUUCUGACAUAUGACCGCCUCGUUCCGUACUACAAAGCUCUGGGAUUUGAGCAUUACGGGAAAAGCGAGUCUGAGUAUGCCGGCGUUGCAUGGCAUGAUCUAUCUUAUGUAUUCUAG